GGCCACGCAACAAAGCUUCUAGACUGCCGGAAACGCAUACGAAGAAGAAGGGAGUGAACAGUGACCAAGAAACAAUUUCCACCUUAGCGUUUUUUUUUGUAUUAAGACGUUUAUUAACAACCUGGAACUCAUAAUAUGAUUAAUUUAACUGCACAGCAUCGAAUACUUACCCCAUGUAGUGUUUAAUUCGCACUAGAGACAGGACUUGGUUGAUAGAUGUUCUCUACGUAACGCUAGCUAGCUGCUAACAAUGGCUAACUGUAUGGUUUUUCACACACACAUAGCCUCCAUCAUGGAGGUGCUAGCGAAUGCAGCCGUGGCAGAGAUCUGUAAACUCGUGGACGACGACUAUGCAGUGUUUCGUUUGGAAAUAACUCAAAGCCGGAAAGAAAACAGGGUUUUGCGGAGGAAACUACUGGAACUGAAGGUGGCGCGGGAGCGCGCAGAGAGGACAAUGCGAGAGCGCGUCCUCACCAGUCGUCCCAGUAGUGUCAAGAUCCUCGACAGAUACAGAGGAAUUUCAAGAGGUGAAGGACAUCUCACUGGAGGCCACAGAACUAUUGUGAAGCCAGCGGGACACAAUACAUGGAGAGAUGACCAACCAAUCACUGUUGAUGAGGGGAGUGGAACCUCAACCCAGCACAUUAUCAUUAUUGAGUCUGCAGAGGCUGCAGGUCCUGGGGUCAAGCAGGAGAGGUCUGAAGGAGAGGACCCACGGCACAGCAGAGACAUCCAUACUGGAGUGUCUGGAGAGCCCCCUGUAGCCAGAGAGGACCCCACAACCACCCCAGCGCAUCCCAGCACCCGACGCAGCAUCACGGAGGAGGAGGAGGGUCCAGAGGUGCUGCUGGUGAAGGAGGAGGGGUGUGAGGAGGGUCUGGGGAACCCUGAGGGGACCAUGGUCAUAGAGGACAACCAGACUACACCUCCUCCUGAACCCACAGAGGAACCAGCUGAGCAGUACAAGACCACACACAGUCUCACGGAGUCAGUAGACAUGGAGGAUGGGAAGCCUGAUCUGCUGCUAGUCAAAGAGGAGACAAUAGAAGACGGACCAGAGAGCAUUGAUCUGCUGAGUGGACUAAAGAUGGGGGAGCAAGGGGAUUGGCUGGAGGAUAACAGAGGAGACUGGGUGGCCAUCUUGGAUUUCCAGACCCCGACCAGUGCAGCCAAGGCUCCAGGGGACAACAUCACGGAGCAGGCCAGGACCAGUAGCGACAUAGUGGAGUUUACAGAGGACCAGUUGAUAUCUGGUGUUGCUUGCGGGAGAGACUGGACUUCUGAGGUGGUUAGUCACAAAGCCUGGCCCCGUAUCAGAACUCUGGAUCCGGAGCCGUCGCUCUUCCUUCCCGGCUCAAAACCAGGCCUGAACCACAAGGGACAGAGACACCACCACACAGAGCACAACCAGUGGACAGGUGGACUGAACAACCUUAGUCCUGGUGGUUAUCAAAGAAACAAAGGCUCCAGUCAGGGAUCCAGUCUGCAGCCCAGACCCUUCUCUUCACAGUCUCAGUGCAGGGAUGGAGCAGGGCCUGGGGCUGAUAGAGAUAGACCCUCCUGUUCCUAUGAUACAAACACCACAGUAUCCAUGAUGAACAGAGCAGGUCAACCUGGGCUUCAGCCUUCACAGAGAGUGGUGGGAGACCCGUCUGGUGGUAGUCUAUCAGCAAGUCUGUCUUCUCCUUCAGGGUCUCGUCUAAUGCCUGGUGACUGGGUUCAUAGAAGGUCUGGACAUGGGUCUAGCCUUCCUCAUGGUUACCCCACCAAUACAGACAGGGUCAGAAUGGGUGUUCAUCACAAGAGGUACCUAGCUUAUAACACAGCACACAAUCCCAACAACACCCAAACAAUGGCUAGAGGUCAAGGAGGGAGCUCAAACACCAACCACCUGAGGGUGACUCCUGCUUCUACCUCCUCUGGUGUCAUUGGGUCACAACGUGGGAGGCAGAGCAUUAGGACGGAUGCUGACAAGCCGUACGUCUGCCCCACGUGUGGGAAGCGCUUCGCUGAUGCAAAUUAUGUGAAGAGGCACCAGACCGUUCACACCAAGGAGAAGCCCUUCAAGUGCAAACUAUGUUACAAGAGUUUUUCCUUUCUGACUAGCCUUAUCAGACAUAAGAGUGUCCACAAAGGGGAAAUAUCAUAGCGGUGUUGCUUGGGAUAUCUGGGAACUAUACUUUAGCUGAAAUAUAGUGUGAAGUGUCUUGGGGUAAGAGGAUAAUUAAUCACAUGCCCCUCGUUAACUUGGAAUUUGAAACAGGCUUGAGUAAAUACCUGUUCUUAGAGAUACAGUAAACCUGGGCUAGAACAAGGAGAGUUUAAUAUUUACCUUACUGAGGUGAUGUAGAUGGAAUAAAGUAAUAUUACUUUUCUACUCUAUUCUUGCUGACACACUGUCCUUUCUAAACAAGUCUACUCUCAGCUUGAAAGAUACAGUACUUGUCAUAGGAGAUUUGAUGUGUAACAUAAUAAGCAGUACCAUACUUCCAAGAAAAGCACGCAUACAGUUUAUUUAACUACACCUUUGAGCUAUGAUGUCAACCAAUAACAUUAUUUCUCUUCAGUGUAGACGGAAGUAAAGUGACCAAGAACAAUGUUCACCUUAGCGUUUUUAUUGUUAUUUAGAUUUUGUUAAGACCAUGGUACUCGAAAUAUUAGUCAUUUAACUGCACAGCGUCACAUCCUUACCCUAGGCAGCCUUUAAUUCGUUGGAGGCAGGACUUGGCUAACGUUCGUUAACAAUACCAACAGCUAUGGUUUUCCACACUCAAAUAUACUCUAUUAUGGAGGUGUUAGCGAAUACAGUUGCGGCAGAGAUCUGUAAACACAUAGACGACAAUGCAGUUUUGUUUUAAAAUGUCUCAAUGCCAGAAAGUAAACAGGGUAUUGCGGUGGAAACUACAGCAACUGGAACUAAAGGAAUCGCUUGAGUUCGCAGAGGACAAUGCAAGAGCGCGAUUCUCGACCGAUACCGAGGAAUGGCAAGAGGUUCGUACAUCUUGCAGAAGGCCGAGAUUGACUUGCGGCGUUUCCACUAGUUAUCACAAUCACAAAGUCAAUAUCGUAACAAUUUCUAAAAACAAAAUGUGCUUUUUGGUCUUAAUGUCCAGUUAGGAUUAAAGUUUGCAGUGUGGUUAGGUUUAAAAUCACAUUUUAAGAUCCAGUCAUAAACCCCAUCCUAUUUCUACAACGUAUCUGUGGUAACAAGUGACGACCAGGUUGCGGGGCCUUGCGCAUGUGUGACUUGUAUGGAUCCAUGAGCACCAAUAUGUGAAGCACACGGGAGCAUAAAGGCAUAAAUACAUUUUCAGUAAUUUUCCAACCUCAAAAUGUUGAAUAAACAAAAGCUUUGAUUUCUUGGCCUUAUUAGAAAUAUAUCAAAACACAAUGAUGUUGAGGUACAGACCCCUGCUGACUAAUAAA